AGAAGGAGGAGUCGGCCCGGGCCUUGGACUCCUCCCCUCCUGCUUGUUAUUCUACCUCAGAACUGAAACCAGAGCCACAGUGACGGAAAAGGUGAGGAAGAACAGCGCCUGCUUUAUCGAGAGACGUCGACGGACUGUAAAGCGAGCAAGGCCGAAGCCCAUGCCUGGUGCGCAGGCAGAAGCUGACGCAGUCCCCCGUAAGGCUCCGCCUGGAUCGGGCAGCCUUGAAGCUGUCAAGGGACGGGUAGGCUUCCCGAUCUCUCCUUGUACCUUAGACGCCCACAGAGAGCGUUCGCUGGUAUAAGAUGGCUUCCAUGAUCACUGAACCUUCCUCCUGUGAUACGUUUGUGGCUCUGCCUCCAGCCACAAUUGGCAGCAGGAUCAUCUUUGGAAAAAAUUCAGACAGGCCCUCUGAUGAAGUCCAGGAGAUUGUGUACUUCCCUGGUGCAAUUCAUGGCCCAGGAGAAAAAGUUCAGUGUACUUAUAUAGAAAUUGAACAAGCACCAGAAACGUAUGCAGUUGUUCUGAGUCGUCCAUCUUGGCUCUGGGGUGCUGAAAUGGGGGCCAAUGAGCAUGGAGUUUGCAUUGGGAAUGAAGCAGUGUGGGGGAAAGAAGAAGUCUCUGAUGAUGAAGCACUCCUAGGCAUGGAUCUUGUCAGGCUUGGGCUUGAAAGAGCUGAUACUGCAGAAAAAGCUGUCAGUGUCAUUGCUGACUUGCUGGACAAGUAUGGCCAAGGUGGAAACUGUAUGGAGAGUCAUAUGGCAUUUACAUACCAUAAUAGUUUUCUGAUAGCAGACAGAAAGGAAGCUUGGAUACUGGAAACCUCUGGAAAGUAUUGGGCUGCAGAGAAAGUAGAAGGAGGAGUACGGAAUAUUUCCAAUCAACUAUCAAUAACAACCAAGAUGGAUCGUGAGCAUCCAGAAAUAAGGAGUUAUGCUAUAAGCAAAGGCUGGUGGGAUGGCAAAAAAGAAUUUGAUUUUGCUGCUACCUAUUCAUAUGUAAAUACUGCCAGGAUGACUACUACCAGAGGCAGAUACUGUGAAGGCUAUAAACUACUGAAGAAGCAUACAGGCAUGAUAACAGCUGAAACAAUGAUGACAAUCCUUCGGGAUAAGGAGAGUGGCAUUAAUAUGGAAGGAGGCUUUAUGACCACUGGAAGCAUGGUUUCCAUACUUCCUCAGGAACCCAGCCUCCCUUGCAUUCAUUUCUUUACUGGAACUCCAGACCCUGACAGGUCUGUCUUUAAACCUUUCAUUUUUGUGCCAAAUAUUACCCAGUUGCUAAAAACCAGCUCCCCAGUGCUUGGUACUGAUGAUCCAGUUAAAAAGCAACCACGAUUUCAGACUAAGCCAGAUAGAAGACAUGAACUCUACAAAAAACAUGAAAGAGCAGCUGUUGUGAUGGAAUCUUCUAAGGAAAAGGGUGAAAUGAUGUUGGAACAGAUCCGAAAGUUGGAGAAAGAGAAGAUGAAUGAAAUGGAGCAUAUUCUACAGAAGGGAUGCUUAGACGUUGAUCAAGCAGUUAAUCUUUUCUCAAACUGCACAGAAGAUGAAAUCCAUGCAUAUGCCUAAGAUGAUACUGGCAGUUACUUAGCUUUCAGGAUAAUUUUACUUCCCAAAGCAGUUUUAUUCUGUGUACAUUGCCAGAAUUGGUCAAAUAGCAUAAUCAAACUGGAAAGCAAGGAAAUUUUCCGUUACGCUUCAGAAAGGGAACUGCUAAUUAUGAAUAGCAUAAUUCAACCCUCAGCUAUAAAAUGACUAUGCAAAUGAUGGAGAUUUUUGUUCUACAUGUAUUUUGUAACAGUACUUCAUGCCAAGCUCUAUGUACGCAGGACAAUAAAUAUCACACCAUUUGAUCUUUAAGAUACAAUUUGUUUGUUAAUAUAAGGCAAUUACCUCACAAGAUUAUUCAGCAAACAUAAGAAUGGAAGAAGUAACAUGGGAUGAAAAUCUACCUGUAGAGAUGGCAAAAAAAGAAAAAAAAAUAGCAAUAGAAUUUGUAUGGUAAGUGUAAAUGGGGUCUAGAUAUGGAAAUUCUGUCAUGAAUUCUUCUUUCCCUCAUUUGAUUACUUUGCUGUACAAAUAUAUUGUGAAUUGCAAUGUGGUAACAAGUCUGAAAGUUGCACUUGUGACUUCUAAGUAUGUUAGUAUAGAAGAGCCUAUUUCUAGCAUGACUUUAUGUAUAAUUCUGGGGAAGUUGAUAAUGUGAGGUUUACUCUAAAAAAAAUACUGAUCUUCCAUUACAGUGUGAUUUUAAAUUAAUACUUUGAUCCUAAGUAUGACCCUUUACAGGGAGCUCUAUGUAUUUGAGAUUAGAAUCCAUACCACUUCAAUUUCUCUCUUAAGAGGAGACAUUUUAAAAAAUCAAAAUGCUAUGGUGAAAUGUUUGUUUAAAAUCAUUGUGCUAGGAAAAAGUAGUGCCACAAUCCUGCACCUAAGAUACACUGAAAGCAACAGAAUAUUUAGUGAUUACUACAGUUCCACUGCUUUUAGAUCUUUACUGUGGCCAAUUUAUGCUGGAUUAAAGCCUAAAUUUAGCUGUGGCAAACACAGACUUUAAGUGCUCUUAUGUAGCCAUCUGUUUGAACUUGAGCUGAGAAUUAUGGUAGAAUCUUAAAUAAGCAUGAAUAAAAACUAACAGAAUAUCAUGGAAGAAAUUCUUCAUUAUUUCAAUGGACAGUAAAUGAGAAUUGCUUUAGAUAUCUUUACUUGAAUUAGGUGGUUUUAUUGUUU